AUGGGUAAGGCUAAGAAAACAAGAAAGUUUGCUCAGGUUAAACGUACUAUAACCUCAAAAGACCCAAGAAUCAAAAAAAAUAAUGAAAAGCAAGUUGCACAGAAGGAUGACCCAGAAGUUACUAGAUCAGUUCCACAGGUUUCUUCUUCUCUUUUCUUCCAAUAUAAUAAGGCCAUAAAGCCGCCGUACCAAGUUUUGAUUGAUACAAAUUUUUUCAACUUUUCAAUACAGAAAAAGAUAGACAUUGUGAGAGGUUUGAUGGAUGCUUUAUAUGCGAAAUGUAUACCAAUGGUAACGGAUUGUGUGAUGGCAGAGUUAGAGAAACUUGGGCCGAAAUAUAGAAUAGCAUUGAAAUUAGCUAAGGAUCCUAGAAUCAAAAGGUUGACUUGUUCACAUGGUGGCACGUACGCUGAUGACUGUCUUGUUAAUAGGGUCCUUCAGCAUAAAUGCUACAUUGUAGCCACUAAUGAUGCUGAUUUGAAAAGAAGAAUAAGAAAAGUUCCUGGUAUUCCCAUAAUGAGUGUAGGCGGCCAUUCCUAUGUUAUUGAAAGGUUACCUGAUGUGUUCUGA